GUAUUUGCAGGAUUUGGAAACAGUUUGAAGAAACAAACAUUUUCCUACGGCAAAAACGCGUAACUGCUCAAUUUACAACGGCCCCCAAUGGCAAAAACGCGUAACUUCACAGGUACACGCUUUUGGCACAGUAAUGUCGCUGAUCGUAGGUGACAAAACCGCGUAUGUAAACGGAUACGUGUUUUUGACUCGGAAAACGGAGCGCGUGGAAACCAUUGAGGCUAGCGUUUCACAGAUACGUGUCAGUUACUCGUUUCUGUCUUUGGAAAACCUUACAGGCACUACUCAUACUUUAAUCUACCAACCUUAUAUCCCUUUUUAGUUCUUUUUAAAAUAAUGAACAUACACUUUUUACUUGAUCAAAAUGUGCGCCUCGUCGAGACGAAUUCAAUGAUACCAAUAACUCCAUUUCUAUAAAAAUGUUAGUUACGUGUUUUUGACUUUGGAUGGCAGAAACAACAGGGGCCCAGCAAUAUACCGUGAUAGAAAUCGCUGGGCAGUGGAACCCACCCAGAGUUCUGCAAUUCCAUGUCCAUUUUGUCACUGAUCAGAAAGACUUCUACCCAACGCAGUCUAUUACCUUCAGUUCCCAUAUUCCUGAGCUUAUGGAUUGAAUGUUUGUGUUGCACAUUAUUGAAAACCUUGUGAAAGGACAUAAAGUAUUAUCAAAAGACAUUUUUGUCAAGAGGUUCUGCCUUAUAGUCUAUGGCUUUGAUUUGCUAAGUUAAGCAGAUCCUGCCAGGCCAAAAACCCUAUUGGUUUUUGGAUAUCAGUUUACCUCAAAUCAGACAGUCCAGUAUAUGAUCCCUGACCCCAGGUUCCAAAACAUAACAGGCAUUUGAAGUUGGGCCAAUUGGCUAGGAGUGUUUUGGGUGUGUAGACUGCUUCUUGGAUAGUGGAAUUAUUUCAACUUUUCCCAUUCUUUUGGCAGUGUUGCAGACUCCAGGGGCUUGUGAAAGAGGAAUUCAGGGGCUUGUGAAAGGACAGGAUUUCACUCAAACAUGCCAAUAAGGACAUCAGAAUUAGUGUUUUAAUUUUGGUAUGGUCCAGGAAACUUGUGGCAAUUACGGUUCUCUAAUUUCUUCCCAAUGGAUUCCACUGUCAGCUGCAAACUACUGAUCUGGCGUGUUACCCCACUACCCCACCCUAGUGAGCUGAUGCCAUUCCCUGCUCUUGGGUGGACACUGAGCAAAGACUUGCUCAACACAUAUACCUUUUCAAAGUGUGUUUUACCCUACACCUUGGCCCAGUCCUGGCAUCUCCAGACAUGGUCCUUACCUUUGCAGGGAAAGAAACAUGCUGUCAAAAACUGUAGGUUUGCCUUUUGAUGCUGUCAUUACAUGAUCAGUAUUUACUUUGAAUGCAUGAUCAUCAUUAACUUUGAAUAUCCUGGUUGAUGGGGGUCACAGAUAUUGCAUUUUAGGGAUGCUACCCUGAGUGCAGCAUAGCCAGGGGAAGGGAGGUUUGCCCAGCAUAAUCAUUGUGUAACUGGUGAAGGGUGAGGGGAGGGUGGCAUUUUGCAUUCCAGCUUAUGUGAGACUUGCACAUGCACAUGAUUUGGUGUGAUACUUCAUCUUUUUCUACAUUUUGUGGGUGAGGGAUGGUAUAAACUGGGAUUUGUAUUGAUUUUUCCAACGUGACUGUGUCACAUCUCAAUCAUUUGCCACAAGCAUAACAGACAGACAGAGUCCACAGCACAGGUGAGUUAAAGAAUGUGUAACAUUAUUUGUAUAAGGCCCAUUGGCAGAUGUAUACAUAUUCUCUGCUGGCAUUGGAAGGGAAUGUUCCACAUUUGUAUGGCAUUUCCACUGAGAUAGCCAUGUUGAAGACCAUUUGGUGCAGUUUGCAGCCCUGUCCUUAAGACCGAAAUCUUAGCUUCUGAGCCAUACUGCCCGCGAAGAUGUGCAGACUAUUUCGGGGUCUAUUUCGAGGUCACCCAGGCAUCCAUGACGCCAUAAUAACUUUUUCAAACAUUUUUUUUUUCAACUGACAUUCCAUUAGCUAUGCGGCAAUCAAAGCCAGUGAAUAUAUCAUCGUCGAAUCAUUCAUAUCCGGCGUUCGUGAGCGCGAUUUCAAGAUGUAACGGCCGUAAUUGGCUCUCAUCAGUGUUGUGCAGGGAACAAUGAAGUAAGCAAACAAUGACGUUUUUAGAAGGAUAUUUACUUAACAGAGGAAUUGUGUUAUCUAGAGUGGUCUUUUUCGCCGAAAGUUUUCUUGUAGUUAGAAGCGAGCUUAUUUCAUUGUAUCUGAUGUUUGUUCAAUAUCUUCAAAUGUGGAGCAUUGUCUUUAAGGGAGCAAGCAUUCACAUUUAUGUACAGUAGGUUCAUUUUAAUGUCUUUGAGUAUUUCUUCAGUGGUAUCAGCAGCCACUGCAGCUUUGGUUCAUAGCUACCUCCAUAUACUCUUCUUGUAUUUUGGGGUGACUCAGACCUAACUGCAGCCGACAGGUGACGCUGCAGCAAUGCCGGCUGCCGGGCACGUGGCGCCAGCCUGUCGUUGACUGCUGGCUGGGCAGCCGCCCCUAGGCUCGGCCGGCGGCUGGCAUGGCCUGCACGCCGGCGCGCUCCUGCCGGCUGCAGGUGGCGCGCUGCGUGCAUGUGGUGCGCGCCUCCCACCUCACCGCCUUCGUCGUCGCCUACGUGCUGGUCUUCCUCGUCGCUAACGUGGUGGUGCUGAAGGCGUACUGGGAGCAGCGGCAGCGCGAGCUGGAAGAGCAGCGGCAGUGGCGCCAGCUGAGCGGCCAGCCGGCGCGCCGGCCGCUGGGCGGCGCCGACGCCUUCCUGCAGCGGUUGCAAAACUCAGUCUCGGGCGGCCGGCAGCGCGCCGUGUUCACGUGCGCCGACUUUCCCACACUGGAGGUGGGACGGCGGCUCGGAUUUGGCUGGAGCAAGGAGGUGUUCGCCGCCACGUACGGGGGCCGGACGGCGGCCGUGAAGACGGUGAACGUGGAGGGCCGCGACAUGCGUGAGUGUCGGCUGACCGGCGCCAACUAUACCGACUGCUACGGCCGUACGGCGGAGAAGAUGUACCGCGAAGUGCGCCUGCUGCACCAGCUGCGCCACCCCAACAUCAUACAGCUGUACGGCUUCUGCAUGUCGCUGGGCCGCGGCGAGAGCAGCGUGGUCGCCAUGGUGACCGAGCUGGGCGAGCCGCUGCACCAGCUGGCGCUGCUGCAGCGCUCCUGGGAGCAGCGGCUGCGGCUGGCGCUGGACGCGGCCGACCUGCUCCAGUACCUGGCCACGUCGCCGUUGGGCCCGGCCGGCUUGGCCGACCUCCGGCUGGAGCAGUUCCUCGCCGCCGACGGCCGGCUCAAGCUGGCUGACCUGGACGACCUGCAGCUGGAGGAGCCGCGCUGUCGGAGCGCCGAGCAGUGCCUGCUGCCGUCGCCGGCCGCCGCCGCCGCUCCGCUGGUGCGCUGUACGGCCGGCAGGUGUCAGGGAUACAAUGCGCGGCGUAACCAGGCGCUGGCGGCGCCGCGGCUGCUGGCGCCGCUGUUGGAGCAGGGCGCGCCGGCACCUCUGAACGCCAGUGUCGCCGCCCUGGUGGCCGGGUACGCGGCGGCCGACCGGAGCGCCGCCGAGAUGCGCAGUCGCGCCCACCGUCUGCUGGAGCUGUUCCAGCGGCACGGCUACGGUGUCACCGACAGCGGCUCCGCCGAGUACGAGCCGGUGUACAACGCUACGCUGCCGGGCCACAACUACCGGUGCUCUCUCUCCUCGGAGCUAGGCCGGUGCUCGCUGUCCGUUUCGGGCCAGCGCGAGGCGUCGGCCCUCUGCUCGGCCGACCGCCGCUGCGAGGGAUACGUGCUCACCAAUCGCACCACCUGGACAGGCCGCCUGAUGACGCACUUCAAGACGCGCAUAGUGACGGGCGAGGUACGGCCCGAGCUCAAUUCGACGCUCUACAUUCGGCAGACGGCCAGGUGACGCCUCCGCCCCCUUGUGACGGCAGCUGAGGCUCAAGUUCCCUGGACUGCCGCUAGAUGUCGGCGUGAGCGCGGAGGCCCGGCGUCGUGAUGCACUGGGAGCGGAAUACCGUGUGGCGCGACGGACUUGCGGCCAAAUGUGCGGCAGACGGCGCACAGUGAUAGCUUUACUCCGGCGGCCACUAGCUGGUCGUUUGCCGCGUGUGCAGGGUUCGUGUGAUAGUUGCGCGCGGCACGCUGAAAUGGCUGGGACGAGCCAUGCGAGCAAGCUAAUCGAGCAAAUGGCUAUUCGAUGAACUACCGACGCUGGUAGCUUUUAUAUUUCUACUUUACGUACGCUGACCACCAAGUUUGUAUGGGACUGUUUGCGAGCAACGCAUUGUCGCGUAGCCUGUGUGGGUUUAUGCCAAUGAACACCGUGUUCAGAAAAGGCGCUUUUGGGUUU